CAGGAACAAUGAAUGUCUAUUUGUAUUUUACCAAUAAAUAGAAUGUAAAAGCAAUACGGCAGAAUAAAAUAAAAAUGAUUUAAAAGGAAAAAACAAGAGACACAUUCAACAAGAGAAAGUGAUCAGAUCGAGGGGAAUGUGAAACACUUUAUUCGAGUAUGAAAAGAAAAUAAAUAUACAAAAAUAUUCUGCUAAUAAAAUACAUAAACAGGAAUCUCCUUGACUCUAGGGGAACUAGAAAGCUGAAGUAGUAUGGAUGACACUUCCUGUUUUGUCCUGUUUGAUGAAAAUCCUCCUACUAAAACAACACGAGACGCACAGCAUCAUUACACAGAACUGUAAUGAAGGGUCAGUGCCGCCGUCUUGUGGGGCUUCACAGGUGGUCGUGUUGUUGUUGAUCUUUUGGCUGCUCCCUAUGUGUGUGCAGACCAACCGAGCCGCACGACAACCUCCGGGCUUGGGAAAGGCACUGCAUCCAGUGGCUGGGGUUUGGGCACUGGCUGGGAAUUGAACCUGGACUUCCCACUGAGCCACCAGCGCCCUUUGGACAGGUGGUGUACACUCUGGGAAAUAAAACUAAACUAGUGAGGUGUGGGGUUAAAGGCCAGGACAGGAAAAAAUUUUACAAAAUAGGAAGCUGAAUAAUGCAAAUCAUUUACUGGAACACUGAAGCACCAAUCCUCACACACACACAAACAUACUAACACACACUGUGGACAUGAACCAGGAUGUACACUUACAAAACCUCCCAGUUUAAGAGUGUAAACAUUACUCGUUGCUCAGAAACACAGUUUUAACUCACAAACAUGAGUUUUAAUACCCAGCUAAACCCCCUGAGGUGUGUUAGAGACACUCCUUGUGUUUCUGCAUCAAUAAAACAUCACUCUGUGACUGUGUGAUUAAUUAUAAAUAUCCGUCCUGUCGGUGUGGGAUACACGCAGCACAUCCUGAUCUCUCUCUCCUGCCUUCAUUAGCUUCUCCAAACACUGCGUUUACACACGACACACUCGGUAAACACACCUGCCUUCCUGAGUCACUGCAGCUGCUCAUCAGAGAGAAAGUCUCUGCAUCAUCAUCAUCAUCCUGCUUUAAUUUAAACAUCACACAUCAUAAAGCCUCAAAGUGUUCAAGAUCUACAUCUACACUACGGCGUGCUGCUUCUUUAAAAACCCGUCGCCAUGGAAACAAAGACCCAGUGUCAGUGUGUUUACAGUAAAGCGCACAGGUAAGCCACGCCCACAGCAAGCCAGCAGGUGAGAGACUGAUCCGUCAGGUAGAUUUGCCUUUCAAAUCCUUCAUGCGAUACAGCGAGUGAUUCCACCGAAAAAAAAACCUCUGCACAGGUUCCCCUGCAGUCAUGAACUGGGCUUUUCUGGAGAGCGUUCUGAGCGGCGUGAAUAAAUACUCCACUGCCAUUGGUCGGAUUUGGCUCUCGGUGCUCUUCAUCUUCCGCAUCCUGGUGUUCGUGGCCGCUGCUGAAAACGUCUGGAAAGACGAGUCGAAGGAUUUUGUGUGCAACACCCAGCAGCCGGGCUGUGAGAACGUCUGCUUCGACCGCUUCUUCCCCGUUUCUCAGGCCCGUCUGUGGGCCCUGCAGCUCAUCAUGGUGUCCACGCCGUCCCUGCUGGUGGCCUUGCACGUGGCCUACCGCGAGCACCGGGAGAAAAAACACGGGCGCAAACUUUACGAGGACAGAGGCAGGAUCGACGGCGGCCUGCUCUUCACCUACCUCUUCAGCCUGGUCCUGAAGACGACCUUCGAGGUGGGCACGUUGCUCAUCUUCUACUUUGUGUAUAACGGAUUUGCGGUGCCACGGAUGUACCGGUGCGAGGAGAUUCCCUGUCCCAACACGGUGGACUGCUACAUCUCCAAAGCCACGGAGAAGAAGAUCUUCCUCUACAUCAUGGGCUGCACGUCUGUCCUGUGUGUGGUCCUGAACCUGACCGAGAUGAUCUACAUCCUGUCCAAGCAGUGCUGGAAGUGUUUCAGUAAGAGGUACGUCCCCGUGGAACAGAAGAGGAUGUGUAGGUGUCACGCCCACUCCACGUCUGCGCUCAUUCUUGGCUCGGCCGGACUUAAAGCCACGACGUUUACUAGCAAAGAGAACGAGGUUCGGUUUCAGCCAUCGCAGGCUGUGAAGGAAACUCCGACAUGAUUGACAUGGGACUUCCUGUUCUCUUCUGUCAUUCAGAGAACUGUGCUGUUCUCCAUUUUAUUUAGGCACUUUAUAAAGACCACAGGCAGUAGAGACACCAACCUGAUGAGUGCAGAUGUGAUUGUCCUGUUAAAGAUAAUUUUUA